AUGCGUUUUAUUUAUGCUAGUUUUUUUCUUUCCUUCUUAUUAUUGAUAGUUCUUUCUUUCUUUCUUUCUUUCUUUCUUUCUUUCUUUCUUUCUUUCUUUCUUGCCAAUUCUAUCUAUCUAUGUAUCUAUCUAUCUAUCUAUCUAUCUAUCUAUCUAUCUAUCUAUCUAUCUAUCUAUCUAUUUCUUUCUUUCUUUCUUUCUUUCUUAUUUUUUGUGACUGCUCCAAACCUCGAUACUCCUUUUCUCUUUUUGCCAACUUUCAUUCUCUCUCUUUUUCACUUUUCUCAUUCUCUUUCCAUCUACGUCUUACCCUCUCUCUCGUUCUACUUCUUUUCCUCCCCGAUCUUCUCUCUCCCUCUUACCCUCUUACCCUCCCUCUCUCUCUCUCUUUUCCAUCUCUGGCUUUACAAUCAACAUUCAUUCCUCCGACGAACACCGACCCACUUUUGCGCAUCCAGUUUUCGUUAUUCUGCCAUUCCCUUCUGCCUUUUCCAAUAUCUUUUGCUCGCUCUUUCUUUCUGUGAGAAUUUUCAACCACAAACAGCCGCAAAUAUCUGCAUAUUGGAUAACAUGACGUCGCCAUAUUUCCCUUUUUUUCUAAAGCGUUCCGCUCUUGAUCUCUCUUCUUUAUGGCUAAUUCUCCGGUUGUUUUCUUUUUUUACUUUCUCUCUAUUUCAUACGUCUUCUUUUCAUUUCUCUCUCUCUCUCUCUCUCUCUCUCUCUCACACACACUCACACAUCUCUCUCUAUCACAUUUUCUCUGACAUUCACUUCCUCGCUUUAAUUUUCUUUUACGAGACUUCUAUCUUUUUCUCGUUUUCUUUUUCUUCUUUAUAUUUUUUUUACUCAUUCGCUUUUACCAUCGUCUGCUUUUGA